CGUUUCAGAAUCUUUUCAGUAAAUCCCUAAAUUGUUCAAUCUCAGCGGUUUCAUCAUAAAUUGAAUGACUCAAACAUUUCAUCAUGAAUUGUUCGAAGGAUUAUUGUUUGAAGGAUUAUUGUUCAAUUCAUGAUCGAAUCUCAGCAUCAAUCUCAGCGGUUUGAUCAUAAAUCGAAAUGUUUGAGAUUCGAUCUUUUCACUUUGAAGAAGGAUUAUUGUUUAAGACUGCAGAGAUUUAUAAGAUUAAAAAAUUAUUGGAAUACACUGCUGUUUGAAGUCUGGUGUGGAGCUUCAGUUAAUCAUAUUGUGGUGUUACAAGUAGGUAUCACAUGGAUGGAGAAUGACUACCUUUGAUGCAAGUUUUUGGAUAGGCUGGGAUUUAAUACUCUAUCUCUUCAGCGCAAUAAUGCUUCUCCGAUUAUAUGUUGAUCUGGAAAAUUUUCAGAAUAUUGAAAUUUUCUAGUUGAGAUCUAGGCGAUAACUGAUCCGGUUUACUGUUGAUUCAAGGAAGAAAAAUCCGGUUAAUGUUACUCUUUAGAAGUAUUCAAGAUUACAUGUUCGAUGAAAAUGUUUGCCUCCUACUUCGGGCCAAGUGGUUCAAGCCUUUAGCUGUUGAAGAGCGUCCAGUUGUUGAAGAAGAUAUCUAUGAGAUAAAAGACUAUUAUUAUCAGUAUGAAGAAGCUGAUGAUGAUCUAGAUGACAAUGAGGAUUACUAUGGUGCUUCAGCAAAUGUCCGGCUUGGCAACUGUAGAUGGGGAGACAACGGUUUUGUAAGGGCUGGGCGUCAAGAAGCUCGGCCGGUCCAUCGACCAAGCUUCCAGGAUUCAGGAGCAAGUUCAUCGCGUGAGCCAAAGAAGAAAGAACAAGAGUCUCCAAAAGUUAUGACAGGAAGACGGGCAAAGAGGGCACUAAAAAGGGAAGCUGCUAAUAAGGCAGCUGAAGUGAAGCACCAGAAGCAUUUGGAUAGGUUGGGUAGGAACUAGGAUAUAUUAUUAUAGUAACAAGUUGUUCUAUGAAUUUGAAUUUGUCUUAUCUAAUGGCACCACUAUACACCAAAGAAAAAAUAUCAAU